AAACAGGCCGUCGAAAUGUGGCUUUCUACUUUCAAAGCUUAACAUCGACGGCUUUUAACCCGCCCCCCCCUCCUCCUAAGGACCGAGUUAGACAGAUGCCUCCCAGCCCGAAAUGUUGUGCGGGACUGGAAAAAACAUUAGCGUUUUAAAACAAAGAAAAGUGUGGGAGGAAACGGCGAUUUCGGACUGCGUUUCUAAGCCCCGCCGACUAGGGAGCGCGUCCCGCAGAGCGCAGGCGACUUGCUCGCGAGGAGCCGCGGUCAGGAUCGCGCCGCGUGGCAUCCCGGGCGCCGACUUCCCUGCCCCUGGAUCGCGCCCUGGCCCGAGCCCACUUUUCCAGAUGCCCCACAGCGGAGAGAAAUAGUAGCAAUCGGGGGCCGUCCCGGCGGAGGAGCAGCGCGCAGGGCCGCCUGGCCAUUGUUCUGCGCCUUAUCUAACGGGAGCAAAUAUCCUGCCUGGGGUGUACCCCCCCCGCCCGCCCGCCCGCAGUUCCCGAUCCUAUUUCUGACGGCGCAGGCAGGAGCCCUUCAACGUCAGGCACGGAGCGGCCUCCUCGAGUGACUUCACUUCCCAAAAUUAGCAGGAGGGAAAAGUCCAUCCGGUGAAACGUCCCUCUUUCGUUUUGCUGCGAGGCGCCCCGAGAGAGAGAGAGAGAGAGAGAGAGAGAGAGAGAGAGAGAGAGACGAGCGCGCAGAGGAGCCGCCGCCGCCGCCGCCAGCCCGACGGGGGGUGGGACAGUCGGGGACCGGUCGGCGGGGCUUCCUCAGGUCGCAAACCGAAGCCGGGUCAAUGUGUGGACUAGCGGUGCCCUCGGCUGGGAAGCUGCCUCAAUGGACGGGACUAUUAAGGAGGCUCUCUCGGUGGUGAGUGAAGAUCAGUCACUUUUUGAUUCCACCUACGGAGCUGCAACGCACCUUCCCAAGGCAGACAUGACGGCCUCAGGGAACCCGGAUUAUGGCCAACCGCACAAAAUCAACCCGUUACCUCCUCAACAGGAGUGGAUCAAUCAGCCAGUCCGGGUGAAUGUGAAGAGGGAAUAUGAUCAUAUGAAUGGAUCCAGGGAAUCUCCAGUGGAUUGCAGCGUCAGCAAAUGCAACAAGUUGGUUGGUGCAGGGACAGAAUCCAACCCCUUGAAUUAUGGCACCUACAUGGAUGAAAAGAAUGGCCCUCCUCCCCCCAACAUGACAACCAAUGAAAGGAGAGUCAUCGUUCCAGCAGAUCCCACAUUAUGGACCCAGGAGCAUGUUCACCAAUGGCUGGAAUGGGCCAUAAAAGAAUAUGGUUUGAUGGAGAUUGACACCAACCUUUUCCAGAACAUGGAUGGCAAAGAACUGUGCAAAAUGAACAAGGAUGAUUUCCUCCGGACUACAUCUCUAUACAACACGGAAGUCCUGCUGUCUCACCUCAGUUACCUCAGGGAAAGUAGCUCACUGUUGUCUUACAACACAUCCACCCACACAGAGCCUUCCUCACGACUCAGUACCAAAGAAGAUGUCUCUUACGAUGCUGUCAGGAGAUCUGGAUGGGGCAAUAACAUGAAUUCCAGCCACAACAAAAGUCCACCAUUGGGAGGGUCACAAAAUGUGAGCAAAAAUCCAGAGCAGCAGCGGCCCCAGCCAGAUCCUUACCAGAUUUUGGGACCAACCAGCAGCCGUUUAGCUAACCCAGGGAGCGGACAAAUCCAGCUAUGGCAAUUUCUACUCGAGUUACUGUCAGAUAGCUCCAACGCCAGCUGCAUCACAUGGGAAGGAACUAACGGGGAAUUCAAGAUGACGGAUCCCGACGAGGUGGCCAGGCGCUGGGGAGAACGCAAGAGCAAACCCAACAUGAAUUACGACAAGCUGAGCCGAGCCCUCCGAUACUACUAUGACAAGAACAUCAUGACCAAAGUACACGGCAAGAGGUAUGCCUACAAAUUUGACUUUCAUGGCAUUGCUCAAGCUCUUCAGCCUCACCCAACUGAAUCAUCAAUGUACAAAUAUCCAUCGGAUCUGUCCUACAUGCCUUCGUAUCACGCACACCAGCAGAAAGUGAACUUUGUGCCUCCACACGUGCCUUCCUCUAUGCCUGUCACUUCUUCCAGUUUUUUUGGAGCUGCGUCGCCAUAUUGGACUUCCCCCACAGGAAGCAUAUACCCAAACCCCAACGUAUCGCGUCAUCCAAACUCCCAUAUGCCGUCACACUUAGGCAGCUACUACUAGAUGCUUUUCACUAUCUGUGGCCUUUCAGUUGGUUGUUCUCUUCCCUUCUUAGAUAUCUACGGACUUUUUGGUGGACUUCCAUCUUUUUGUCAUGGAGAAAAGCUGAGAAACUGGAUAUUGUUAUUGUUAUUAUUAUUAUUAUUAUUGGAGUAAACCUUUUUUAUUUUUGUGACUGUGCUUCUUCAGUCUCAAAUGGGCAGAUGGAUUUUCCGAUGGGCCAGUAUUAUAUAUAAUUAUAUAUUUUCUAUUUUGGUUCCAAGCCUUAUAUCCUCUAUUGGACCAAGUCGAGUGCUUUAGAGAUCGGUGGUGGUUACCAUCACUCCAACUCAUAACAGAUAAUGGAGAGCAUUGUCAAAGUCAAGGGGGAAACAGACUCAUGGGUCUUAGAAGAUGGAUGUUUGUUUGUCCCAGAAAAAUGACGGUUCUUUUUGUUGAGUUUGGGGAAGCGGAAGGAAGAUCCAAAUAUUGCUUGGAGAGGACAUGGUUUGGAGGAUCCAACUGGAAGCUAAGCUUUAAAGCCAACAAAGGCUCAUCUUUCACCCAACUGGAAAAAAAAGAAAUACACAUACAUAUAUAUAUAUAUAUAUUAUAUAUAUUCAUAUAAAUAAAUAUGUAUAUUUUAAGACUAUCAAGGGCAUUGAAGGGACCUGUCAAGAGCAUUGUGUUAUGUUUUGUGUCUUUUUUAAAAACUGCAGGAACAUCCAAGACCAAGAGGUGCGGGGAGGGGGGGGGGGUGGACUCACAAUGCAUCAAGGGCAGAUAUUCUUAUGAAUGCAGAAUGGGACUAAUAUAAAUGACAGCUGCUCCCAGUGCUUGGCUUCAGGGCAGGGAGUUGCGAAAACACAACUGAUUCACAAACGCUGUGCGUUUGUCAGACAGCCACUCAGAGGGUCAACCAAACCAGAAGGCAAUUUACUGUAUAAAUUAUGCAGAGUUAUGUUUUUACCUAUAUCUCACAGUGUUAAGAAAACGAUAAAAAAUUUAAACGAGUUGACCUCGGUCACAAAUGCAAGUUGUUUGGGUUUUUUUUAGUUGUUUUUUUACUAUCGGAUCCAUUGUUGGGGUUUUUUUU